AUGAAAAGAUUCACUAAAGUAGCUAUCUUAGGUAAUGGUGCUUUCGGUACUGCUCUUGCCCAUGCAGCAUCUUUUAAUCCCUACAACAAGGUUAUGAUGUAUGCUAGAGAUCCUGAAGUUGCUCAACACAUCAAUGAUAAAAAACGUAAUCCUAAAUUCUUCUCAGAUAUUGAGUUAAAUGGAAAUAUCACUGCUUCAUCUAGCUUUAAAGAGGUUGUUCAAGAUGCUGCCUUUAUCUUAUCUUGUAUUCCUACUUAAUAAACAAUGGUUGUCUUAAGAGAAAAUAGGGAACACAUUAACUUAGAAACACCUUUUGUUUCAUGCUCAAAGGGUAUGCUUGUUGAAUCUGAAAAAUUCAUUUCUGAAGCAGUCAAUGAAAUGUUUGAGGGAAAGCUUAAGUAUUGUGUUCUUUCAGGACCUAGUUUUGCUAAGGAAAUCCUCUAAAAUAUGCCUACAUUAGUCGUAGUAGCUUCCAAUGACAUUAAGAAUGCCUAAGUUGUUUAAGAAAGUCUUUCUCAUGGUGCCUUUAAAGUCUAUACAAAUGAUGAUGUUAUUGGUGUUGAAAUAGCAGGUGCUCUUAAAAACGUAUUUGCUAUUGGUGCUGGUUUUAUUGAAGGUAGUGAUUUUGGUAUUAAUACUACCACUGCUUUCAUUGUCAGAGGUACAGCUGAAAUCCAAAAGUUUGCAAAAACUUAUGGAGCUAGAGAUGAAACUUUCUACGGCCUUGCUGGUAUUGGUGAUUUGAUGUUAACAAGUUUUGGUAGCUUAUCUAGAAAUAGAACUUGUGGUUAUAGACUUGGUAAGGGUGAAUCAUUGGAAGAUAUUGUUAAAAGUAGCACUGGUGUUGUUGAAGGUAUUCCUACUUUAGAUGUUGUUUAUAAAUAUGCUAAAAAGAAUAACUUAGAUAUGCCCAUUACAUUUACUAUCUAUGAUUUAUUACAUGGUUAAAUUUCUUUAUAAUCUGCUGUCAAGAGAUUAAUGACAGUUAACUUAGGUACUGAAUUCCCAUAAAAUUAUGCAAAACAAGAAUGGAAAUAACAUUUUUGA